GUCCGGGGCCCAGUUGGUCACUGAGCGCGAUCCCGCCGCCGAACGUUAGCGGGUGUCGCUUUUUAAAAUUAACUUCUUUCGGGGUCGUUUUUGUUGUCGUUGUAGUCGUCGUCGUCCUCGUCUGGUUUAAAUAUAUUUUUUAAAAUAACGAACAAAAAAAACCUCCACGCCGAUUAAAAUUCAAACUAAUGUCGGCGCUAGAGCGAGGAGGCCGCAAGAAUGACGAAACGCGCAGCUAGCAGGAAGCGUAAGCACUGCGCCGACGAGCAGUCUUGCUCGGAGGAGUUGUGCCCGAAGCGGUCACGCGUGAGGAGGCCACCCACUUCGCUUGUGAGCUUUGUGGAGAGUCGCCAGGCCGGCUCGGCCAGCGGCCACUCUGGCGGCGGCGGCGGCGGCGGUGGCGGUGGAGUUGGCAACGGGCUGGGCAGCUACACGGCCCAACGCCUGCCGUACCUCCUGCGCGAGCGCGAGUACAGCCUGGGCUCCCUCAACAAGGUGUUCGCGUCGCAGUGGCUCAGCCAUCGGCAGGUGGUGUGCGGAACCAAGUGCAACACGCUCUUUGUGCUGGACCUGGUGACGGGACGCCUCACCAAGAUCCCGACGCUGCGCGAUGGCGGCGCCGGUGUCGGCGGUGCCGCUGGAAUCGCCGGCGCUGCCGUGGGUGGAGGAGGAGGAGGUGGCGCUGAACCAGAGCACCCGGGCUGCGGGAUUCACGCGAUCGAGAUCAACCCGUCUCGCACGCUGCUCGCGACCGGCGGCGCCAACCCCAACAGCCUCGCCGUGUACCGCCUGCCCACGCUGGACCCCGUGUGCGUCGGAGACGGCGGACACAAGGACUGGAUCUUCUCCAUCGCCUGGGUCAGCGACAGCUUCGUUGUCACAGGCUCGCGAGACGGCUCCAUGGGCCUGUGGGAAGUUGGCGACGAGGCGCUGGCGGCAGCGUCGGCGAAGGCGGCGGAGGAGGAUGAGCAGUCCGUCCCCGGCUACUGCCACGUGGGCCCUCGCGCUCUAGAGGACAUCCCCGCUCACUACAUCAACCCCUUCACGUGCAAAGUGCGCGCCCUCGCCUUCAAUGGCAGCCAGCAGGAGCUUGGAGCGGUCUCGCUGGACGGGUAUUUUCACUUGUGGAAGACCGAAAACAGCCUGGACAAGAUCAUGUCGCGGAAGCUGGCACACUGCCGAGAGAACGUGUGCCUGGCGUACGGGCACGAGUGGUCGGUGUACGCCGUGGGCUCGCAAUCGCACGUGUCGCUGCUCGACCCGCGCACCACCCAGGGCCCGCGAUCCGUCAACUCGCGCGAGAAGGGCAGCGGCAUCCGGUCGGUGAGCUUCUACGAGCACGUCAUCACGGUGGGCACGGGGCAAGGCUCCGUCCUCUUCUACGACAUCCGCGCGCAGAAGUUCCUGGAGCGGGCGGCGUCUCAGGGCGAGGGCAGCGCGCGCGGCAGCAAGGAGCUGAAGCCCAAGUACUGCGACGUGCUCAAGCUGUCGACGGCGCGUGGCUGGCUGAACCACGACGACACGUGGCGCGACUACUUCUCCGACAUGGACCACUUCCCCAACGCGGCGUACACGCACUGCUACGACGCGUCAGGCACCAAGCUCUUCGUGGCAGGCGGCCCACUGCCCUCGGGGCUGCACGGCAACUACGCCGGCCUGUGGGACUAAGCGCCGAUGGGCGGCGCUAGCCCCACUGGGUUCGCCGAUCCACGCACGCUCGCCGCCGCCGACGGUUCGACUCCGCGACACGCCGGCUCCGCCCGUCGGGCAGGUGCUCGCUCGGCUGCACGCUCAGCGCCGUCAACAAGCGCCGGCCGCUUCACCCCCACCCCUACCCAGCGCCCGCCGGCGUCUUGCUUGUGCCAUGCACAGCAACAACAACAAGCGCGGUCGUAGGGAUUUUUUUUGCGUUUUUACAAAACCGCUACGGUAAGACGCUCACCCCGCGCAGUGCGGUAGGCCGAACUCGCUGGCCCCCCACCCCCCACCGGGCGAUGGGGGAAUUAUUUAAUUGUUGGCACCGCUCUCGCUUUGCGGGACGGCGGAGUGAGGGAGUGAGCGAGCCCCGGUGUCAGAAUUGGUGGGGGGGGGGGGUGCCCUGGCAAAGUGGGCUCGCUCGGCGAUCGCGUGCACUACUUUAUACGACGUCACACGCGUGAGAAUCACAGGGGCAGGCGUGUGUUUUUUUUUUCUGGCCGUAAAAAAAUUAAUUGCGAAAUCGUAAGGGGAAGCCAGAUCGUCGCCUUUUAAAGUUUUGUACUCGAUGUUUCAUCCUCCUGCUUGUACAUAACGUGAUUUUAGUGGGUUUUUAUUUUUUGGGGUAAGUAACCGACCGCCUCCAGAUUUAUCCAGCCGAGCCGUGAGCACGGCAGGACUAUCGCCAUAGAGUUCUAUUAAAGUAAUAUUAUUUUCCACACUUGCACGGCACGUCAUUGUUUUAGCGAGCGGUUGGUCGUCUGCGGCGUCGGAAAGUCACGCUUUCCGAACCAAAUAAUCUUUCGCUCACCGGGCCAUUUGGACGUCGUCGGGAAUGUCCGCGUGAGUUAAAAAAAAAAAUGGGAAAACUGAUUUCUGUUGGAAAUGGUUAGGCCGAUUGUGGUUAGAGUGGAGCUAUUAUUUCUUAUAAAAAAAUGUAUAGAAAAAAAUUAAGUAUAGCUCUGAAAUAAUGCCAAAGUGUAUUUCGUUAAAAAAAAACUGCUUCAGCGGUGGCUUUUCCUGUGAAGCUGGAACACGCUUUUCCCCGUGCUCGCUCCUGCAAAGAGGUCGCGGUUAAGGCAUCACCUGACCCCCCCACAUGCCCCACACGCCCCACACGGGGACGACUCGCCGUCUUGGUUGCUGCCUCCACCGAGACGUAGAAGAUUCCUCCGGAAGGACGAUGGACAAUUUCGAGUCUCUGGGCCGAACAGCACCACCCUGGGCACAGUGCUCGACAAAGCAGGAUCCUUGCUGUGCGGACGAAAAAGUGACGUUUCGGUGCAAAAACACGUGGCCUUGUGGUGAACGAAACCGAAGCCCUGCUGUCGCCUAGGCCGGUUCUGUACAAUUACGUUUGCAAGCAGUUCUGUGCAUCUUUGGGAGGACCUCGUCAUGUCUAUGAAGCUCAGCACGGUUGAGCUUCGUACCUCUGGUGGGAUAACAACCGCGGGGCUCGCCACGUGUCGCGUGCGUGAGGCUGGGUGAUGUGGCCAGGUGGACGGCGGUGCCUGGUGCUGUCUCGUGCGACGUGUGGCGUCGGGUUUUUUUUCUCCCGGGGUCCUCCCAGUUUCCUGCCACGCGAAGCCGAAUGCUCGCCGACGGAAUUGGCCAAACGUUCGGUUGGGUGAGGCUUCCCCGGGUGAAUGAUUCCAGAGGGGGGUGGGUGGUGGCAGGACUAGAAUUUUGGAGCUCGCUCGUUUGGGUAGAGAUCAGGUGCAGUCGGCCCGUGGUUUGGUAAAGGUGGGGCAGGAUUCGUCGUCGUCGGCAACGGAUCGCAUGGGUCGCGUCGUUUUACUCGCCAACAAUUUCCGCUUCUGGCACGCCACAUCCCAAGUGUAUGCCUCCCGCUAUGGAUGUGGCUCUUGGGUCGUCUACCACCGUCCCAAUCUACCGACGGAAAGUCAUUUUGGUGAGGAAUUCAACCGUCCAUUCGCUUUUGAUUCGAUCUUGGCUCAUUCGGAGCACCUCCGGUGAAAAGUACAGCAUUCCUAACAUUGUUUAAGAGCACUCGGUGGGUUUCGAGUUUGUAUUUGGUGAGGGCAGUCAAUGGUCUACGAGGGGUGGAAGGCGGGGGAACGUGUGAAUGAGACUCGUUAAAAUAUCACGCAAAUACUAUUGACGUGUACAGCUUGUGAAAAGUGUAUUGAAAUAUUGCUAUAUUAUUUGCUGCACGUGUAUAUAAUGUACAAGUCAAUGUCAAGGCGCAGCCCUCGAUGUCCUGCCGACACCCCGCGAUGCCUGCACGAGUAGGGAUCCUCAUUGGUACCUCAUUUGCCAGUAAAAAAAUAUGAUAAUUGGUUUUUUACCCUUUUAUCUGGCAACAAAUCUGACACAUUUUUUUACGAGGAGUCAUGUUUGCAUAGACCACAAUACCUGCAGUCAUAACGCAAAAAAAACUAAAAAACACACAACUCUGAUAAUGAAUACACUGUCCUUGAAGUUGAUUGGUCCACACCCGAGACAGCUUUCCUUAGAGCCUAGCCAGAUGAAGCCAAAAGGCCUUUUGGCGUCAUCUGGUCCAACCCAUGUGAGACGAGGCUCUUGUUUGCGUUAUGACUGCAGGUAUUGUGGUCUAUGCAAACAUGACUCCUCGUAAAAAAAGGUGUCAGUUUUGUUGCCAGAUAAAAGGGUAAAAAAACAAUUAUCGAGUAGGGACCUCUCAGAGAGCCCACUUUCAGGGGUUACAUAAUGUACAGCCCUUGGUCAAUCCACUGCUAGAUGUGAAGGCGGUUAUUUGACCAUGCUUCACCGCGCUGGUCAGUGCGCGGUUGACGAAGGUGGCAAGUAGAGACGCUGGCGCGUGUUGAAGCUUCACGACCGAUUGUUUGUUUCACCGUGCAAGUUUGUGUCGGGCGCAGUCGUUUUCACCGCGUCGUUGUGGCCGUCUGAAACGUCUGUCAUAUCGGCACAAAGUUCUCGGGGUGCCCCAGCUAAAUCACGGCACGCGUCCUUGCAUAUCGGGAGCAACGUGCACAAGGUUUACCAUCGGGGUCUCCCUGGACCCCCGGUCGCCUUUGUGUAAAGAGUCGCGAUCUGUAAAAUAAAAGUAAUGCUUUUAACGUCGGCAUGUCUUUGUACAUUU